AGAAAGAAAUGAAUUGAAUGUUAUUUUGUUUGCUUACAUUUGCUGCAUAUUUUCCUUUUCUGCACUUGUUCACCCAUCAUCAACCAUGUCAAACCACGCUGAAGAUCUCUCUCAAUUCGACAUCUCCGUUCAGGAAAAGGACAAGCUCGUCGCUGAGGUCAUCCGCUACGUGCUUUUCAAGACCCACCACAACUCAGGCUGCCCAAUCCGGCGAGAAGAGCUGACCCAGUUGAUCACCAAGAACUACCGGCAGCGGAAUCUUCCGGUGAUGAUUAUCAACGAGGCGAUAGCGAAGCUCUCCACCAUUUUCGGGUACGAAAUGCGGGAGCUUCAGAGGGCCCGGCCCUCUUCGAAUAACCACCAGGGCCGCAAUUCGCAACAGAGUGCGGCUGAGGCGAAAACUUACGUUAUCAUGAGUAAGCUGCCGGCUGAGGUGUACACGAAGUAUGUUGAGGAUGAGGAUACGGCUCAUCUUACUGGUUUUACUUUUGUUGUGAUGAGCAUUGUGCAUAUUUCGGGUGGUAAAAUAUCCGAAGAGAAUCUUUGGCAACAUUUGAGGCGGAUAGGAUUGGAUGAAGCCAACGAAAGCCAUCCAUUUUUAGGAAACACAAAACAAGCAUUGGAGGGACUUGUCCAGCAGAGGUAUUUGCAGAAGGACAAACAAAGUGGACCUGAAGGCAAUACUUUGAUAUAUGAGCUUGCUGAGAGAGCUUUAGAUUCUCAAGUUACUGCAAGUUUGAAAGAUUACAUAUCACAGAUUGUGAAUAAAGAUGUUGGCUCGGUGGAGGAUGAGUAGUGCCCUGCUGUUGACUGGAAUCUUACUGCAGAUGUCUUCCAUUCUGCUUUUGGUAUGAACUGAAAUAGUGCUAAGUAGGUCCCUGCUAAAUAUGUUUACCAGGAGCAGGGAAUCUUUUGCUUAAAAACCAGAUGCGUAUAAGUAUGUAGCUCUCACUCCCCUCCUAACUUGUGAUGGGAGAGAUAGACUCAGUUGUAUGCAGCCGCUGGUAGGGAUGAAUUACUGUUGGCCAAAUUGAUGAUUGUCCAUGUUUCUAAUACAUUUUAACCCCAAGAACACAUUGUUGUCAUUUUUCUUGAUGAUAUGGAUUUUAUGUAGAAGCA